CUGCCAAUCUACAGAAACACAAGAGCUUGCUUCACAACUUAAUCUUUGAACUUGCGCAAAUCGCUCUAACGAAACCUACCCUACAAGAAAAAGCGAACAUUUCCACGCUACAAAAAUCAAAAUGAUUAUCCCGGUUCGCUGCUUUUCCUGCGGAAAGGUCAUUGGCGACCUUUGGGAACGCUACCUCAAGCUCGUUGAUGAGGGUUUCGUGGAUGGAGAAGUCCUUGACCAGCUCGGUCUCCGCCGAUACUGCUGCCGCCGUAUGGUCCUCACCCACGUCGACCUCAUCGAGAAACUCCUCAAAUACAACGCGAGCGAACGAGAGGCUUCUAGAGCCAUGAGAGGCGGGAGGUGAAAGGUCACUGUGAGAGCAGGAAAUACCCCUAGGUCGUGUGGAGUCUGGAAUGCAUUUUAUGGCGUUUUUGAUAUGGUGCAGACGGAAA